AUGAACUCCAAAAACGUUGAGUCAAUGCUAGACGAACUGUUAGCACUUUUGAACGUCAAUUAUCGGCAUUCAAAUGAGUUAGUCGAUAAUCUAACGGUAUUGAUUGAAAACUCGGUAGACGAUGCUGCAAUGGGGGAAGCAUUCACCGCCAUGAGAUCUGUUUUCGGUGAAUUCAUAAUGUCCAUGGCAAAUCUUAGAGAUGAGCACACAAAUGUCAUCGAAUCUUACAAUACUAAACUCAAAUUGGGACCGUCAGCCGACGUAGCCAAAAGCAGGCUUAGUGCAUCGGUUGAUGAAGAUGGAAACGAGUCAGAACUCUUGCAAUUGGUAUAUGAGGUUUGCGAUAGCUACAACCUUCACAUGGAGCACAUCAACCUCGUGGGAAGACUGUCGUCGAAGUUGUGUGAUCCCGCAUUAGCUUCAGACAGGGCUAUCAAACAUCAAGACGAAGAUCUCGAUCUAGAACAAAUUCUGAAAGCCUACGAUUCCGUUGGAGCUGAAAAUCUGGAAGAGACGGCAGACUUGAAGCGGCAACUUCUCCGCUGGACUGACGCUAUGAAAAUGGAGAAAGCAAGGUUCACCUUAGAAAACCAGCAUAUUUUGCGAGAUAAGCUGAAAAGUAUGACUGCGGAAGUUACUCAGUGGAAGAAUAAUUACGAGUCCGUGGAAGAUACAAUGUUUGGAGAUGACGCGCACUCAAUUACCCAGACAAUUCAACGAAUUCAAAAGCUGAGACCUCAACUUGAAGCGGUGAACCGGGAAGAAGACAUUGAAAUGAACUGA